AUGUACUUAUUUUUAGGUGUUGAAUCAGUUUCUGAUGUUCAUCAACAAUUAUUAAAUUUUGAUUCAAACGACGAACAUACACCACCAUUAACUCAUCAUCCAAUACAACAACAACAAGUAUUUCAACAGCAACAUUUACAUUCUUAUGACCAAGAAGUUCCCGAACAACAAAAUGUUUCUGACAAUUACGAAUAUCCCCAAGAAGAAUCAUCAAUAGAAGACGAGGAAGAAGAAGAAGAAGAAGAGGGAGAAGACGAAGAAGAAGAAGAAAUUAGUCAAAAAGAAGUGGAACUUAUUAAUCUCGAGGAUUACAUUGCUGGCGGCAUUAACCGUUCACCAGAAGAGAAUUUACCAAUAAACGGCGGUGGUCGGAGUAGAAGAGGAAGAAUUGCAGCUGAAGCAAUUAAUCAACGAGCACAAUUAUUACAUUCCGGAAUCUCAGAAGAUUCUGAUUACACUUCCGAAAUUUCUUUUCAACCCGGAGCGCAUCAACAACAACAACAUCAAGCAAACGCUUCUGCACAUCAAUACGAGUCUCACUUGCGUAGAACAACGAUUAAUCAACAGCAGCAACCUUCAAUUUCUAAUAGACUUGUUCCCUCCGAUAAUUAUUUUCCUUCAACUUCUUCAAACAUUCAAUGGGAUACUUCAGAAUACUCACAACAACAACAAUAUGUCCCUGAAGAUGGGCAACAAUAUUAUGAAGAAGAAGAACAACAAUCAACUCAACAAUAUUAUACUGAUAAUUUUGAUGAUGACAGUCAAACUGAUUCAAAAACGUUUGAUCAAAUUCAAAAUAUCGACGAAAACUUCUAUCAUGGGGGCAACCAAAUUUCUUCUUCGCCUUUUGCUGUUUCUUCUUCACAUAUUCCAAGGCUUCAAUCUUCUCAAUCUAGUAGUAGAAAGGAUAACAGAAAUGGGCGAAUUGGUGGUCAUCAAUUUAAAAAUGUGCAAGAAGUAUUUCCUUCCCCAUCAUUUACUUCUUCUGUCGGCGAUGGUGGAGGUGGUGGAGGGAGUGGCCGUGGCUUUACAGAUAGUCGAAGUAGUAAUUCAACAGUCCAACAAAUGAAUGAGAGUAGUAGAAGAAGCCGUGCAGGAAAUUAUUAUGAUUCUGAAUCUGAUGGAUUUACUUCAACUGGAACGGUAGUUCCAGUCAAUAUUCAUGAACUUCCAAAUUGGCGAACAACAAUAACUCAGCAACAUUCUCAGCAUCAACAAGGUUUUAAUGAAGACCAAGAAGAAUAUGUAGUUGAAGGAGAGGAAGAAGAAAUUGAGGAAGAAGUAGAUGGAGAAGGGGGAGAAAGAGGAAGAAGAAGGAGGAGGGAAAUUGAAAUAAAUGAAGAUUUUGGAAGAUUAAAUGAAGAAAAGAAAAUAAAUAAUGAAAGAAGAAAAAUACAACCAAGUGAACAAGAAUUGUUAGCAGAGAUUGAAGAGUAUAAAGCAAAGUUGGCAGCUGCCGGAAGACAUUAUGAUAGUCAACAAGCGGGCACAUUUAACUCAAAUGAAGAUGAAAAAGAGAAGAAAAAAGAAAAAGCAUUGGAAAAGCUAAAAGAAGACGAGAAAAAUAACAUUUCAAUGGUGCCUGGCACGUCUGCUAAUACUAGUAAUAGUAGUAGAACCUUUUCUUGCUUUAAACAAAACAAAAAUGGAGAAGAAAAAGAAAAAUUAUUUGACCCAGAGGAGGAGGAGGAGCCACUUUCUUAUAAUAGUCGGCCAUCUGCGCGCUUAUUAGAAGAAAGAAAAGAAAAUAAUAAUAAUAACGGAGCACAACGUCAACAGCAUUUUUCUUCUGGAAUUGAAUUUGGGGAGUCAUCUGAAGCUGCGGUGGUAACUCAUGGAAUGGAUGAAGAUUAUGGGAUUGGUUAUGAGGAUCCUCUUCGUGGUCAAGGAGUCUAUUAUACUCGUUCAGGCCAAUUUCCCCCACACCACCAAGAAGAAGAAAAUGAAAUUAAUCGGGAAUAUAGACAACAACAAGAAUAUAAUGAUUAUCAAAUAAAUUCUACCGAUGACUUGUCGAAACAACAAGCAAACAACACAAUACCUCCACGUAUUUCCUUGUCUUGUGAAAAUGAGCAACGACCUACUAAAGAUUAUUUACAGCUUUGGAAAUGGGCUUAUAGAGAGGCUUGUAAACAAGCUGGAAUUACGGUGGCUAAAAUUAAUUUUUUUUAA